GGAUAUACACAAUCUCCCGGAGGCCCAUGUAUAUAAGUCAGCGCGCGAAACGCGCCAUGUUCCAUUGUUCUUCCAUCUACUAGUAGUCCCCACAUCUUCAAAGCCGACCCACCACAAUGCCAGGCACUUUCACUCACGAGUUCGCCACAGAGCUCUACAAUGGCACCGUGACGGUGAACACCGGCUUAUUCAUCAACGGACAGUUUGUUGAUUCCGUCGACCGCGAGAGUAUCGACGUCAUCAGUCCCGUGGACGGCAGUGUGAUCACAAAGGUUUCCAUUGGGAACGCGAGAGACAUCGACAUUGCCGUCAAGGCUGCCAGGGCCGCCUUCAAGAGCUCCUGGGGCCUCAAGGUGCCGGGUUCCGAGCGUGGCAAGCUCCUGUACAAGCUUGCCGACCUUCUUGAGAAGAAUGCCGAUACAGUUGCGGCCAUCGAAGCUCUUGAUGCCGGAAAGCUCUUCACUCUCGCGAGGCAUCGGGACGUUCAGAACGCCAUCAAUGGCCUGCGAUACUACGCUGGCUGGGCAGACAAGAACCACGGUCAGACCAUCGAGACAACUGAAGCCAAAUUCGCCUACACUCGGCAUGAGCCCAUUGGUGUCGUGGGUGCGAUCGUCCCAUGGAACUUCCCACUAACAAUCACCAUUUGGAAAGUCGCUCCCGCGCUUGCGACCGGUAACGCCAUCGUCCUCAAGCCGUCCGAGGUGACACCGCUCUCUGCACUCAAGCUCGCCGAGCUCGUCAAGGAGGCUGGCUUCCCCGACGGCGUCCUCAACGUGGUGACCGGCUACGGCGCGACCGCAGGCCAGGCGCUCACAGAGCACCCGCUGGUCGGGAAGGUGUCGUUCACCGGCAGCACAAUCAUCGGCCGCAAGGUCAUGGAGACUGCGGCGAAGACGAAUCUGAAACGUGUGACACUGGAGCUUGGGGGCAAGAGCGCGGUGCUCAUCUUCGAUGACGCGGAUCUCGAGCAGGCCGUCAAGUGGGUCUGUGCGACCGUCUUCUACCACAGCGGCCAGGUGUGUGCCGCCGGCGCGCGCAUCUUCGUCCAGGAGGGCACCUACGAGCGGUUCUUGCAGGCCUUUGCUGACGCAGCGGCGGCGCUUAAGCUGGGCGACAACUUCAAGACAGCGACCCAGCAGGGCCCCAUCGCCUCCCAGACGCAACUCGACCGCGUGCUCGGCUACAUCGAGUCCGGCAAGCAGGAAGGUGCACGCAUCGUCACUGGCGGCUCGCGCGCUGAGGGAUCAGGCUACUUCGUGAGGCCGACGAUCUUCGCUGACGUGAAGCCGGACAUGAGGAUUGUGCGGGAGGAGAUCUUCGGUCCCGUUGGCGUCGUGGCUCGAUUCAAGACUGAGGAGGAGGCGCUCGAGGCUGCGAAUGACACUCAGUACGGCCUGUCGAGCUAUGUAUUCACUACGAAUGUUAGCCGGGCGAUCCGCGUCUCGAACGCACUCGAGGCUGGCAGCUGCUUCAUCAACCAGUCUGCUAUACAGUCCCCACAGGUGCCGUUCGGCGGUUACAAGCAGUCUGGCCACGGCAGGGAGCUGGGCGAGUAUGCUCUCGAGGCCUUCACUCAGGUCAAGGCUGUCCAUGUCAACCUGAGCCUGAAGCUGUAA